AUGGCCUUCCAACUCCCGCGCAACGUACCCUCCUUCACCUCCUCCCAACGCCAAUAUGAAGAUGGCUACUGGCGCUCCAAAAGAACAAAUGCUCGAAACAGCGACUUCUCCUUCAACAGCUUCGUGAACCCGAACAAUGACGAUCUACCCAUGUACAAGGACAAGCCGUACUAUGCAGUGGGGCGCUCUAAGAGAAGACGGCGUAGGAUUGGCUGGGUUGUCGCUGGGCUGGUUUUUCUGUGCAUCGUGUGGAUGUUGGUGAGCAACACGGCGCCAUCGCAAAUGGAGAGAGCGCAGCGUGGGAAACAUGGUGGAAACUUGUGGAAUUGGGUGCAGGCUGCCAUGGGGCGGGAGGCCGGUGAGAAAAACGGGAGUGUUGAUUGGGCGGAGAGGAGGGAGAAGGUGCGCGAUGCGCUUAUAGUCAGUUGGGAUGAUUAUGCGCGUCAUGCUUGGGGUCAUGAUAUAUAUAAACCCGUUAGCAAAAAAGGGGAGAAUAUGAUCUGGGGCAAGGCCGGAUUGGGCUGGAUAAUUGUCGAUACUCUGGACACCUUGAUGAUCAUGAACCUCACGUCUCGUGUACAAAAUGUUCGAAGGUGGAUUCACACUUCUCUCCAUUACAACCAGGACCAUCCUGUCAACACCUUCGAGACGACCAUUCGAAUGCUCGGAGGCCUUCUCUCCGCGCAUUAUCUGUCCACGACCUACCCCAAUCUUGCCCCGAUUGCGGAUGAUGACGCAGGAAGUCCCGGGGAGGACUUGUACAUUGAAAAAGCAACAGAUCUUGCUGAUCGCCUGCUUGGUGCUUUUGAAUCGCCAUCUGGCAUACCAUAUGCAAGUAUCAACCUUAAUACGAGUGUAGGGGUGAAGUCACAUACGGAUAACGGUGCGUCCUCGACUGCGGAGGUAUCCACCUUGCAGUUGGAAUUCAAGUAUCUUGCGAAACUUACCGGGGAGACAAAUUAUUGGGAGAAAGCGGAAAAGGUUAUGCAGGUUAUUGAAGAGAAUGGGAUGGAGGAUGGUCUUGUUCCUAUUUUCAUUGAGCCAGAAACAGGGAAAUUCAUGGGCCAAAAUAUCCGGCUUGGAAGUCGAGGGGAUUCAUAUUAUGAAUACCUCAUCAAACAGUAUUUACAAACCUCACAUGAAGAGCCAAUAUACCUCGACAUGUGGAAUGAAGCGCUCAUGGGCAUACGGAAACAUCUAAUUACAUACACAAAGCAUGCAUCUCUAACCGUCUUAGGCGAACGACCAAACGGCCUGAACCAUGAAUUGGUCCCUAAAAUGGAUCACCUCGUCUGCUUCAUGCCAGGCACCAUCGCCCUAGGCGCAACAGGUGGCAUCCCGAUCUCCCAAGCCCGCAAGUCCCCAGACUGGGGCCGCAGACAGGAGGAAGAAAUCCUCCUCGCCAAAGAACUCAUGAAAACCUGCUGGGCCACCUACCUCGCAACCGCAACCGGCCUCGCGCCCGAAAUCACCUAUUUCCAACUUGACAGUCCGUCUCGCAUGAUGAAAAACGUGUUUCCAGACUUGACAAAAUCCUCCGCCAUUAAAUCCUCCACUGCGGACCAACACAUGAUCUCCAAACCUCUCUACCCGCUCACGAACGAAAACAGCGAGUGGCGCAAGGACAUCAUCAUCCAUCCGCAAGACAAGCACAAUCUCCAACGCCCCGAGACCGUCGAGUCACUUUUCUACAUGUACCGCAUCCUCGAAGACGAUACGUACCGGCACUGGGGUUGGCAGAUGUUCAAGAACUUCAUGAACCACACCUCCAUCAUCGUAGAGGAUGAAGAACCCCUUACCCAAGAUUAUUAUUAUAACAAGAGCGUCGGCGCGAAGAAGGCCACGCCACAUAUUCGGUCGUUCACGUCGCUGGAAAAUGUUGAUGUAAUACCCGCCGUGAAGCGGGAUAACAUGGAGAGUUUCUGGCUGGCGGAGACGCUGAAGUAUUUUUAUUUGCUCUUUUCGGAACGGGACUUUUUGCCGUUGGAUAGAAUGGUGUUUAAUACGGAGGCGCAUGUGUUCCCAAGGUUUCGGAUGGGGAGGUUGUUUAAGACUGGGUGGAAGAGGCAACAUGGGAAGGGGAGUUAG